ACAGGAACUAGACAGACCGAGUCGUCACACCGAGAGCACACCUCUACCUGACAACAUGGACCCUGCAACCUUCCACAGUUUGGAAUGUCGCCUCGAAGAUGCGACAUUUGCAAGUGACAAGCUGUCGGUACUGAAUUCUUCACAGGGAUAUUUCAACGGUCAUCAGUUGGCUCGUGUUCUUGAGACUUUCCCACACGACAGCGACAAACUGAAAGCAGUCCAGGCAAUACAAGGACGGCUCUACCCGAUGACCUGCGCAGAAGCAGCUCAGGUCCUGGAAACGUCGCCUUUCUCCAACACCCAGCUGAAGAUCUUGGAGAUCGUCGCCCGCAACAUCACUGACGUCACUACCGGUGGUCACUUGGUUCAGGAGGCCUUCAGCUUCGGCCAUGACAAGACGAAGGCCAUGGAGAUCCUAAACAGGUGCAGCGGUGCAGGAGGAGUGUAUCCAGCAGGUGCACCUGUCGGUUACCCCAGCGCUCCUCCAACCACACGCCCCGCUGCAUCAGGCAUACAUAUACGGGGCCCAGAUCUGGGCAGCAUGCUGAAGGGGAUGGGUGCCGCUAUGGGGGCUGCGAUGGGCGCGACUGUCCAGGGCGCCAACGCUAUGGCACAUGCCAUGGGAGCGGGCUUUGACCGGGGCAAGACCGCCACAGGAGCCCCUGCACCCACCGGUACCACCGGGACCUAUCCCGGGACUUACCCGGGACAAACUGCUACAGCCUACGCGGGACAAACCAACACAGCGUACCCGGGACAAGCCACGACAGCCUACCCGGGACAGGCGCCACCUAGCGGUCCUGGCUAUCCUCCUGCUCCAGGGACCGGCUACCCUACUGCCCCGGGAGCCGGCUACCCUCCUGCCCCGGGAACCGGCUAUCCUCCUGCCCCGGGGGCCGGCUAUCCUCCCCCAGGAGGUCCGGGCUAUCCCCCCGCCCCAGGGUCUGGAUACCCCCAGCCUGGACAGGGUUACCCCCAUUAG